AUGGGGUUAUCGUCGAACCCGUCAUCCGCCUUUACGGGCGUCGUCAUCGGACUCGUGUCGUCCUUCGGAUCCAUCGUCCUCAUCGCUUUGGUUAUCUUUAUCUUCUGGGUUUCCGGCUGCGCGAGCACUGGUCGCAUCAUUCUCGAUCGACUUGGCCGACCAGGCGAAUACGAUGAUGAACAGGCAUUCGCGCGUGAUGAGGCAGAGGCCCUCGAGGUCAUGGACGACAUGGCCCGCCAGGAAUACCUUCGUGCGAAGGCCUGGGUUACCGCAAACCCUCCCGAAUCAAUGCAAACUGAUAUCUCUCUAUCGCAAUAUCUUGCUAUCCAAGAAAAGGGUGUCUCCGCAUGGGAGUUUGAACCCGAACUCGAAAUCGCCAACUGCUUUGUCGAAGCUCGCACCGAGAUAGAAUUCUUUGACUCAGAAUGUACCGUCAUGAGCAACCUCCCUGUUCCCAAGCAAAACGACGUCUAUUACUGGGAGGCCAAGAUAUACGAGAAGCCAGAGAGCACUCUGCUGAGCAUCGGCAUGGCUACUAAGCCUUACCCUCUCUUCCGCCUACCUGGUUACCACAAGUACUCUGUUGGAUACCAAUCCACCGGUGCUCGCCGUUAUAACCAACCGUUUGGCGCGACCCCUUACGGUCCCCCCUUGGUCCAAGGCGAUGUUGUCGGUGUGGGUUAUCGUCCUCGAACUGGAGCUAUCUUCUUCACUCGUAACGGUAAGAAACUUGAGGAGGUGGUCCACGGUCUCAAGGCACAGAACUUCUUCCCCGCCAUUGGAGCAAACGGUCCCGCUACUAUUCACGUCAACCUCGGACAGGCCGGCUUCGUUUUCAUCGAGGCCAACGUCAAGAAAUGGGGUCUCGCUCCCGUCACUGGAAGCCUGGCUCCUCCACCUCCUUAUGGAUCUGAGCAGGGCAGCAUUCUGUUGGAAGCUGGUACCAAGGACGGCGCUACUUAUCCUCAAGGCAGGCAGCACAGUCACUCCAUUACAGCAAGCUCAUACAACACACGCAAUCCAUCUAACGACUUGAACCCUUCACAUGGACGAACACGUAGCGGCAACUUCCGCGUGCUGCCUCCCACAAGCCCUGGACCGGUCAGGAGUUCAACAGAUAUUUCUUUAGCUCACUUUGUACCCAAUGAGGAGAAUGGCGAAGCUAGCGGCAAUGCCGGACCUCAACAGGAGACUCACAACCAUAACCCUUUGCACUUGCACCUCGAGGACGCAACAAAUCCACCACCCGAAUACCAAAGUCCCGACCAUUCAAGUAGUGACGAUGAUCGAUAUGGCAGCGACAGCGAGGAAGAUACGCCUUUGAUUCGAGUGAUGAACCGCAGUCGAGGCAACUCGUCAGCCACUGUUACCCCUGGCCGAACUUCCAGCCCGCGUCAUCCACCCGUGCCCAGCUACAGUGACGCCGUACGACAAGGUGCUGGCCGGGAUCGAAGUGACAGUGCGCGACUGCCCCCACCGAACCGAACUUCAUCGAACAGGCCUCGAAGCAGUACAUCAGCUUGA